AUGACGGAAAAACUUCCUUACGGAGUAUCAAAUUGUGUCAGAUAUUCUUAUUUAGAAGAUAUUUAUAAUAGAAUUAAACAAUCGGAAGAUUCAAACGCCGAAGAAAUAUUCGAUGAACUCGGUCGAGAAUUGGUGGAUUUAAGUUGCGAUGGAAGAAUCGAAAGAGCUUUUCGUAGUCUCGGAGGAAACAUAAUCGAUUUUUUAACGACUCUCAACAGUGUCCACGAUGUCCUACUAUUAGAUAACGAAAGUGAUAACGAACAAGAAGGAAACGUGAACCGAGAACAAGACAAUGAUGACGUAGAAAAUGACGAAAUAUUGGAUUCCGAUAAACCCGGAUUCAUAAGCACGACCGUAUUACCGGAAUCCAACGUAUUAGAGCUUAAUUUCACUUCUUACGGUCCGCCUUACGCCUACCUUCUUGUCGGAAUAUUAAAAGGAGUCGCUGAAAAACUUUAUCAAACCGACAUUAACGUCGAUAUUUCUACUCAGGAUUUUAUACACUUUAAAUAUACAAUUACGCCAUCCUCCGAUUCGGGUGUUACCACACCGCACCAAAAACCUUCAACCGUUCCAGAAGAUCUAAGCAUGGGCAUAAAAAAGCCCAAAGGAAUUUUUUCUGGUUUUAACGAUAUUAUAAAAAGAGCCAACACGCCUUUUCUUCUCACCAUUCUCACGGGUUCCGCGCAGGGUUUGGAAGUCAAAGGUCAAAUGGUUUAUUGUUCAGAAUCAGAUUCAAUACUUUUCGUCGGUUCGCCUUUCCUCGACGGAUUAGAAGGUUUAAAUGGAAAAGGCCUUUUCAUAUCCGACAUACCGAUACACGAUGCAACAAGAGAUGUCAUAUUAGUUGGAGAACAAGCCAGAGCUCAGGACGGUCUCAGAAGACGAAUGGACAAAUUGAAGAGUUCCAUAGAAGAAGCGAAUCAAGCAAUUGAUAAAGAAAAAGAAAAAAAUGUCAGUUUGCUUCAUUUAAUAUUUCCACCGAAUAUUGCUGAAAAACUCUGGCUCGGUGAAACAAUAGACGCAAAAGCUCAUGAUAACGUAACAAUUUUAUUCAGCGAUAUUGUUGGAUUUACGUCCAUAUGUUCAACUACAACCCCUUUCAUGGUAAUUAAAAUGCUUGAAGAUUUAUACAGUCACUGUUUAAAAGAUGAAAAUACAUUUACAAUGGAACCUCGACCAAGAGAAUGUUUGCCUCGUGGUUUUCCACCGGAAAUUCCUGGAACCUGUUAUUUUUUAAAAGGAUACCGACAUCCGGAAGUUGAUUCCGAUGAUCCUCUUGAAAACCACAUUCGGCAAGCACUUAAAGACUUAAGUUUAGUAGAAGCGUAA